AUGCACGGCCGCAAGAAGCGGCGCCCACCAGUACCCUCGACCUGCAAGGAGGCGAGGGCCCGUUCAUCGCUGCUUGCAGAUUUAAUUCUCAACUCUCUGAAACAUGAUUCAAGACGUACGAAAACAUUCAGCUGCUCUGCGUGUCGGAGGAAAUUUGGCCACAAGUCAGAUCUGGAAGAUCACAUGAGAACUCACACAGGAGAAAAACCUUUCAGCUGCUCAGUCUGUAAGAAAUGUUUUACACAGAGAGGAAAUUUACAAAUACACAUGAGAAUUCACACAGGAGAGAAGCCUUUUAGCUGCUCUGAGUGUGGUAAAGCUUUCACCUUUAGUGGAACCCUGAAGAAACACAUGAUAACUCACACAGGAGAAAAACCUUUCAGCUGCUCAGUUUGUAAGAAAUCUUUUACACGGAGAGAACAUUUACAGAAACACAUGAUGACUCAUUCUGGAGAAAAACCUUUCAGCUGCUCAGUUUGUAAGAAAUCUUUUACACAGAGAGGAAGUUUACAGAAACACAUUAGAAUCCACACAGGAGAGAAGCCUUUUAGCUGCUCAGUUUGUAAUACAUCAUUUACACAGAGUGGAGAUUUACAGAAACACAUGAGAGUCCACACAGGAGAAAAACCUUUCAGCUGCUCUGUUUGUAAGAAAUCUUUUACACAGAGAGGAAAUUUACGGUUACACAUGGCCGUAGUCCACGCAGUACUCAUUUGAAGUAAACCAUCUGUUGAAUCUCCUCUCCUCGUCCCCGUGGGCGCGGGGUGAAUUUUUGAAA